AUGUCUUUGCCACUGCCACCAUCAUUAUUGACCACGUCAUGCCUCUCUGCUGUCUCCAGCUCCACACCAACGCCCAACGCAUAUGACUGGAAAAGUUUGGAGGGGGUCGAGCAUUGCCAGCAACAACACCACACCAACCAGCCACGGACGCGAACUUGCUGCCAUGUCGACACCCUGUUGACCAACCCCGGCAUCAUGGUCAACGUCCCCUCGCCUGUCACGUCAGGCUCCCUUGCUUGGGGGCUGCUGCCCUCACUGUUUCAUUUGUCCAAACCCUGUCGCAACUACUUCACCCCUCAUGUCACUAACUACUCGCUGUCACGUCACCUCCACCACCAGUCAACGAAGGGGGCACAUGGGAGAGAGUACCAUGAUAGCAGAGAAGGGAGCCAUUGGGGGUUCGAUUUUGAGCUGGUGGCCAGCAUCCGUCACACUGGUGACAAUGUGGAAAAAUAUAGUGGACAUGCUGCGUGCUCUAGGUUGCUUCCACAUCUGGCCCAAAUAGUGGUGUAUAAACAACAAUUGUAG